GUUUUUAAAGCACAGCCCGCGUCUCAGUUCCGCAAUGUGAAGCGGUAUCUGUCUCAGAAUGCGAGCAUGAAGUGUCAUUAUUGUCGUUAUGGAUCUAAAAAGCGAGUUGCUGAAGUCUGUCUGGUACGCGUUCACGUCUCUAGAUGUGGAGCAGAGCGGAAAAGUUUCCAAGUCGCAACUGAAGGUCCUGUCGCACAAUCUUUACACAGUGCUCAAUAUUCCUCAUGAUCCUGUGGCGUUAGAAGAGCACUUUAAAGACAAUAACAAUGGGCCGGUGUCCAGCCAUGGCUACAUGCCCUACCUCAACAAAUACAUUUUGGCCAAGGUCACUGAUGGGACAUUUAAUAAGGAAAUAUUUGAUGAGCUGUGCUGGACAAUGUCGUCAAAGAAGAACUGCAAACCCAGCGUUCAGCAGGGUCUGUGUUCACAGAGAGACUGCUUCAAACUCUUUUGCCUGUUCAACCUACUCUCUGAAGACUGUUACCCAUUAGUCAUUAUUCAACCGGAGUUGGAGUACCUGCUGAAGAAAAUCUCCAGUGCAAUGAGCCUGGAGUGGGACAGCACAUUACUGGAGGAACUUUUGGCCCAGAAUGUUGAUCUUCAGGAUGGUGUGUCAGUGUGGGAGUUUUUGGAGCAUUUGAGCGCAGGCCAGCUUUUGCACGUCGAGAGUAAAGAGGCCUUCAGUCUUGCCGUGGACGAAGUUUUCAUGGAAAUGUACCACAGCAUCAUCAAAAAGGGUUACCUGGUAAAGAAGGGCCAUGUUCGCAGGAACUGGCAGGAGCGCUGGUUUGUUUUGAAGCCCGGUAGCCUCAUAUAUUAUGUUGCUGAAGACCUGAAAGAGAAGAAAGGAGAAAUCCUGCUGGAGGAGAGCAGUGUGGUGGAGAGUGUUCCUGAUAAAGAAGGCCGACGAUGUCUGUUUUGUGUGAAAACUUCAGUCAGGACCUAUGAAAUGAGUGCUUCAAACCUGAAGCAGAGAGUAGACUGGAUGCAAGCCAUUCAGACAGCAUUCAGGUUAAGGGCCGAGGGUAAGAGCUCUCUACAUCAGGACCUGAAACUGAGCAGACGCAAGCAGAGAGAAACCCUUCAGAGAAGCCAGAGCAACCAGAGCACUCACAAUGAGCCCAGUGCAGUGGAGGUGUCGCAACACUCAGCUCCAGAACAGCAGGGGGAGACAGAGAGCUUAGAGCAGCAUAUAGAGAGCAUCAUUCAGAAACAGAGGGAGGUGGAGGCAAAGCGCAAAGAGGAAGAGAAGCAAGAGCAUGAGAAACAGCAGGCCAUACAGAGAGAUCUGGAGAAGCAGCUUGAAGAAGCUAAAGAGGCUAAUGAGAAGAUGACAGUGACGUUGACUGAGAUGGAGAAGGAAGUGCAGCAGCACAAGAAGAGAAUUAAUGAAUUGGAGCUCACACAGGUUAAACUGGAGGAGGCGCUCAACACUCAGAUUCAUGCACGCUUAGAAGAGGACAGAGCCCGACAGGAGCUGGAGAGGCAGCUUGCAGAGGAGCAGAAGAAACUUGCAGAUCUUCUCCUCCUUCAGCAGCAGAUGGAAAUGGCUUCUGUUAGAGUAGAGCCACAGAUCAGUGAUGAUACUUCGGUUGAAGCACCUCCCAUCAGUCAACAUGCAGAAGAGAGCAGUCAACAAAACACUGGGGAGCCUCUUAUUCCUGAAAUGACUUUCGCUUCUACACCACCAAACAUCCAGCAACCAGAGGAGAGCCAUCAAAACAACACAGAGAGAGAAUUGGAGAAUCAGUCAUCUUCAACUCAAAUGAUGAAACACUGGAAAAUACAGCUUAACCGCCUGAUGAAGCCUAUCGCACCAGGAGACAAAGUGGAGCAUUUGCCGGUAAAGAGCGGUUGUCCCAGAAAAGGCCAUGCCCUCACCAGCACGGAGUUCAUCAGCAAGGUUCAAACGGGCACUGCGACACCACCACAACAACAGGAAGAAUAGGUUUCCCGAAUGUGUGUUAUAAUGGAGUUUGCAUGGUUUGUACAUCAGGUUUGGUGCUGUGUGUUUGAGCUCGACUGCAGUGUCAGGCUCUGUCCACAUGAAUGUGAUUUUUAAAACAGCAGCUUUUUCAAUGCAGUUUGGAUGUUCGUCCACACAAACGCAGUCUUGGUUACUGAUACCAAAACUUAGUGAAAACGUUUGUCAGGGAAGAUUUUCUAAAAACACUGGGGUUUGUUUAGUCGUGUAGCCAGCAAAACCACAGUUUGUGGCCUGUCCGUGCCAUGUUUUUCUAUGUGCAACAUCAGAUUGUGUGCCACAAUCAGUCUCCGUUGUUUACAAGAUGCCGGUCUGUGUGAUGGCCGACAUAACCAAAUUGCUUCUGCUAAUAACUGUGGCUGUUAACAUGUAUAGUAUACACUGCAAAAAAAAUGCUAGGUUCCACACAAUUCCUUCAUGUUAACCAAACACAAAUCAAUUACGUUAACUUAAUCGUUUUUAAAAAUUUAAGUGGAUUGAACAUAAAACAAUUGAGUUGUCCUCCAAAAAAACUCUACUUAUUUUAAAUACGUAGCUUGAAUAAGCAGGAAAAGUCUUUUUUUGUGCACUGAUAACAUGUAUAUUCUUCCCCAGUGUAUCAUGUUGACAGCCAGCCAGAAUCAAUAAUAUCAGUGACUGUUGCUUUGGCAUGCUCUUGACAGUGCUUUAUAGAGUGUUUUUUAUAGUGCAGUUUUAACAGUGCAUGUAUAAAUGAGACUUUAAACAAAUAGGAAACUCAGUUUACAAUAAUACCUCUGUACACGUGGAGGCAUGGGCCGUUAUAAGUUUCUGACGGUAUAAUAACCUUUGAUAAAAAAUAUCAUGGUUUCAUGAUAUCACAGUAUUGUGAUUACUGCUCUAAAAUAAGUUAUUUUUAAAAGUCUCAGUAAAAAACCAACAACUUUUUCCCCCCUUUAAACACAAUAUAUUUCAUUUUAGGAAACAUUUAUAAUAUUUUGAAACAGUAAACAUGCCAGGCUAAGUAUUUUAAAUAAAUAAUUGACUUAUGCUAUCUUCAUUAGUUUCAAAAACACAAAUUUCUUUACAAUACAUGAAAAAAAAACACAUUUAAAAACUCUUUACAAAUACCUUAGGAACGGUAUAACAGAAAAUUUUUGCGGUUUUAAUACCUUAAAUUUUCCAAACCGCAAUAAACCUUGAAACCGGUUAUCGUCCCAUGCCUAGUGUAAACAUGACCGCAGUGGGUUCUGAGUUUUAACCACAAAAAAAAUGUUUCAUUAACCACCCAGCUAAAUUUGAACGAUAAAAAGCUGCUAAGUUAAUAAUAUUGGUUUUUAAAAUCUUGAAAUAAAUACUGAAAUGCUGAGGGCAUGUUCUCUUAGAGCACUGAAACCAUGCUCACUCGCAGAUAUGCUGCCGCCUCUAUCAAUUGUGACAUAUUGCAAAAAUCUGAAUGGAUCCUCCCGGCAGCUAUUGAGCUCUAUUAUGGGGAAGGGACUGUGACUUAACCAUGAACUAACCGACUAGCAAUGGUAAAAAACUUUUUAAAAUAUUUCAAACAUUUAUAAUGUGUUUAGAAAGAGAAUAGAUUGGAUUGGAUUUAGAAUAGAUUGUAAGUUGUGAUUUAUGAGAUACUGUUUCUGGGUCCAAUCCUCUACUCCUAUGAAUUGAGAAAUCCCAAUGGCUGUUUAUAACCAUUAUGUUCAUCACAAAUCAAAUCUAUUAGAAAACCUACAGUCUCCAGAUUUUCUCCAUCCCAGGCUCCAAUGUUUUAGCUAUUUAUAAGAGGAACUGUCUAACCAUAUGAGAUCAGACUUGUAAAUAAACAUUACCUGUAUGAUUUUCAGUAGUAUUACAGUAUAGCACACUGUGAAUGUAUAUUAGUAAAGUUACUAUUUGUUAUCUGCUUUUGGCAUUUGCUUGAGCAUUUGGACACAGAAUCAGAGACGUGUGGCAUCAGACUUGAAUCAGCUCGAUAAGUAAUAAGUACAAAAUGUAUAGUGCAGUUGAACUAUAGACCAUUUCACAGUGGUCAUGUCAUUUUCCCUUGAACAUUUCCUGCUUGUUAUAACUGUAACUAGAGGUAAUUCAAUCGUAACUUAAUGUUUAAACAGCUAUCAUAAUAUUAUUUAUCAAUAUGUGGCUCUUUUUGGAUUCUUGGAAGUUAUAAUAAUUAAAAAUGUAAAAUAGGAAAUAUGGGGGGACCAUUGUUUUUGUUUACAUUUUUCAAAAUGGUCUAUAUGUAUGUGUUCAUUGACAGAAAAUAUAAUAAUAAUAAUAUAGGCCUACAAAAGCAAAAAUAUUUCACAUUCUUCUGCUGUAAUGUCAAACCUCUGCUGCUUGUUGGCAAACGUUUGUAUUUAGAGAAACUAGGAGGGGUUAUUAAAUUGAUGUUAAUAUAUUAAUAUUGCAUUUUAAGAAGUUAAAACAUUGUUUGGGAUUAUUUUUAUAAUCACUAAUAGCAAUUUCUUUACAAUUUCUGCUCAAUAAAUGGAUUUACAACUUGAUGUAAUUAGAAAAAUGUCUAAAUGGAGUGAUCUUUAUUUGUCCUUGUUAGCACAUUGGUUUAAGGUUGUGAUUGAGGACUGAAACCACAUUCUUAAAAGAAAUAAACCAAAGGAUCUAAAAUUAA